GUGACGAGAUGAAAACACACACACACAUACAACAGUGUUACAGUCAGACCUGGAGACCAUUUUCACAAGCUACUCCCACUCGAGUGAGGGGGAGAAACGGAAUGGAAACAAGCGCAAGAGGGAUAUACGAGUGAAGAAAAGCAGAGGGUUGGGAGAAGAGGCUGUGGGUGAUGCUGCACGAUGACAAGCCAGUUCUGGUUGCUACAGUAACACCUGUUUGAAGGACCAUCAAAACAAGCCUCUUCAAACGUGAAUAGCAGGCGGCGGUGCUGAGGAGUCUCUGCCGUCGCAGUUGCAGCCGAAGGAGAGGGGACUAGGCAAGCUUGUGUGAAUGUUGGCCGAGUUAAGGAACGCGGCAGGAUGGCGUCCACGGGCACGCAGAUCUUCGCCUUCGUGCUGGCAUUGCUAGGCAUCCUAGGUGCCACGGUGGCCACAUUACUGCCUAACUGGAAGGUGAGCGCGGAUGUUGGCUCCAACAUCAUCACUGCCAUCUCGCAGAUGCAGGGGCUGUGGAUGGACUGCACCUGGUACAGCACUGGCAUGUUCAGCUGUACGCUAAAAUACUCUGUGCUGGCACUGCCCGCAUACCUCCAGACGGCACGCACCACUAUGGUGCUCUCCUGCGUGCUGGCAGCGCUGGGACUGUUUUUGGCCUCUUUGGGUUUAAAGUGCACUCGCUGGGGUGGGGGACGGCGUGCUAAACGUCACGCUGCCAUGGCCGCCGGCACCUGCUUUCUGGCCUCUGGCUUUCUUUGCCUUGUUCCUGCCUCCUGGUACACAAAUGAGGUUAUUGUCAGUUUCCUGGACGCCAAUGUGCCAGAAAGCAACAAGUUUGAGCCGGGCGGUGCUGUCUACGUAGCCUUCAUCUCGUCUGGUUUCCUUUUCAUGGGUGGAUCUAUUUUCUGUCUGUCCUGCUCGGGGAAGCGACACGGCCCCCAGGAUUUGAUACUUCUCCCGCCGGAUAAACUCCUCUUGCAGCAGCAGCAGCAACUGCUGCAGCAACAGCAGCAACAGGACCAGCUCCAGCACCAAUACUGCUCUCUCUCCCCGCUGGAUAACAAGACUGGCUACAGCCUGCAGGACUACGUAUAGGGUAGUUCUGGAGCAAGACAAGUGCAAUGCACUGCCACUCCACCUCUUGGCUCUCGUGAUUACAACGUGAAAGGGCGAGAGGGACCGCAACUUUGAAGCAUUUCCCUUAUCGUUUCCAUCUCUCCCCUUUUUAAGAUCAGCAAGCACAAAACAGUGGAAGUAUUCCCUUAAACGAUGUCUACGAACAGACGGAUCGUGAAUACUGAGGGGCGAGUGGCAGCAACGCUGCAGUUAAAGCGGUGUGAAAGACUGAGCAAGACGAUAAAUAAAUGCACAUAUCCAGCAUCCUAGUAAAUCGUAUUAAAGUGUUCCUCUGGGACCGGAUUAGCAACAAGGGAAUGUUUCUGCUACUUCAAAUCCUACCCCCCUUCCCAAAGAUUUGAACUCAGAAACAGUCGUUUAGCUGCUAACAAUCGUUUGGUAACCUCUGUUAAAGUAAGAUGGCAAUAUGUCUCUAAGAGGCAACAGUAUGGGAGAGCCCUUGUUUGGUAGAUUCUUUGCUUUUCUUUCUAUUUGAGUAAUGGUUGUUAAUGAAAUCUCUUGUCUUAUUUUGGUAGCUGAUAGGAUGAUUGAUAUUCUGCCUAAGCAUGCUUUCUGGAGCCUGUCCAUAAUGCAGUGGAAUGCCUGAUGUAGACUGAAUUGUAGCCAUAUAGCCUGUGCCUAAAGAGCUGUAGUACAUAAACCGCUGAAACUGUUUGGAGAGAAGUAGGAGGAGAGAGUGAAUGGGGGUUGCUGGGCCAGGCAUGUAUGGGAAAUUCAUAUCGAGGCUGAGAGGAGACUGCCCCUUCUUACGUCAAAUGGACGAUGUAAUGUUGUGCUGUUCAAGCUGCCUUGAGCUCAGGGCAUGCUGUUUGCCGCUCUAUCACACGCACACUCAUCGUGCUGCAUGUGUGCUUUUUACUCAUGCUGCUACUCUCACUGCCAUGGAAACGGGAUUCUACACCCAAAUACAUGUAUUGUCUAGGGUCGUGUCUCUCUGCACACUCAGAGGAUGGUGGUCCUGUCUGUGACGAGCUGGAGGCUGUCAUAAAUCACUCCAGCCAACAGCAGAGGAUCGGUGUCUAGACACCAAGCCUCUGCAACACCCCUUCUCUCAGAUGGGAGGGUCCGUACCCUGCUGACCACCUCCGAGCUUGAGAAUAUGAUCAGUAGACAAUAUACGUGCAGCAGAUUUGUUUAACAGACAUUACAUCAACAAAGACGAGAUUGAGUUUCAGUAACUGGCAGCGUUUUUAUGGAAGCAUGUGGCACCUGAUAAGGCUGCAAUCUGCUUGUGUCCACUCUCACAGGAAGUAGAUCUUUUUUUCCAAAUUUGAAUAAGCAGCCACAUUCGUCUAUAAAUGCAUCAGCAGUGCAUCUGCUGACAGAUUGUCACCUACACUUUACGUCAUCUAAAAGGAAUAUUUCAGGUUAUUCAUCGUCUGUGGCAUGCUGUCGAUUACGAGAAAAAGGGAAAGAGUUAAACAUUUAAAGUGUUUAUUUAUGGUGCUGCUCACACACCUUCACGCAUAGGAUAGUUCACCCAAAAAUUAACACUUUGUCAUCAUUUACUCACCCUCAGGUUGUUCCAAACCUGUAUGAGUUUGAACUCCUACAGAUUUGGAACCUGUAUGAAGUCAGGAACUGUUUGGUUACUAACAUUCUUCAAAAUAUCUUCUUUUGUGUUCAACAGAAGUUCACACAAGUUUGGAACCUUAAAUGAUGAAAAAAAAAUGGUUUCACCAUUUUUGGGUGAACAAUCCCUUUAAAUGCAUUUCCAUUUUAAUUGGCUUGCCACUGAUGCAUUUUUAUAUGAACUUAAACUUAGUAAAUUUUUGUCUCUGUUAAACAGACAACAUGUCAAAAAUACUGGCCAUAGAGAUUUUACUAUUCAUUUAAGUAGGGGAAACUUCAUUCACUACCUCCCUCAGUGCACGCCAUCCCGUUCUCCCCGAGCGCUUAUGGAUGUUGCCUCUGACAGCCAGAACAGUUGCAUGUCAUGUGCAAAUUUGCCAAUGCAUGUGUACAACAUAAACACCCCCUCAUAAGCAUGCCCCCUCCCCUGCAUAUAUAACUUGUGCCAAGAGUGAUGUAAGUGUGUUGUGCUUGGAUGCAGCCAUGCAUUUCUAUGCUGCUGAAGGGAGGAAUGCAAUUUCAGUGUUGUUCUGCUCUGGCA